AUGCCCGACGUGCCAAUGGCUGAAUAUAUCCAGUUCACGUCUACCCCAGUCAAACGCGCAGAACGUGGCUCUCUUAGCAUCUGUCGAACUGCUUUCCAUUCCAAGGGCGACGGAGGCACGGCCCCUGAGAACUAUCGAAAACACCAGGACAGCCACAUACCUAUUGUCGACGGUCGCUGCGGCACCGGAUCGCCUCCUCUUGCACCGCCUGUCGAGAUCUACCAUCGCGCAUUUGCCUCAUUCAUGUGCCAUGCCCGAGACGAGGAUCGACAGCCUUCCGGUGACAUCAUCCGCAAGACUGCAGAGUUGAUGGAUACGGCGUCCGAGAUUGCCUUCUGGACAUCCUCGACCAAGCGGACCACUGCAGGCCACUGCAUAGGUGUUCCUAUUGGAUUUCUGGGUCUGGCAGUAAUGGCAAUCAUCGAAGAGAAAGGCGAAUUCGGGUCAAGCGGUGAAGGCUCCGUACAAGGUUCAUUCUCGUACAUUGAGCACUGGGUCGAUCAAAGCCAAGAAAAGCUACGCAAGAUGAGCUGCUGCCCAACAUUCAUUAUUUCGAUUGCCGGGCCCUGGAUCGUCAUCUGCGGCGCUAUCUUCACCUCGGACAUCAUCGUGCAGAGGCUGACCGACUAUAUCUGGCUCGGUCGUAGUCGCACAAUUGAUGACGACCGCGUCGUGCGCAUUGCUCGUGUAUUCGAUGCUCUUGCUUGCGCCAUCGAGUCUUUGAAGUCUUUCUACAUCAAUCUCGAACUGUUCGAGAACGAGAACAAGAGGCGUCGAUACUUCCCUUUGGCAACCUCAUACGUUGACAACGGACGGACGGUUACAUUCCGGUAUCUCAAGCCACUCGGGAGAACGGACUCAUCGUGCGUUACUUUCCUCGCUCAACGCGAAGGUCACGGCGCCCAGGUAGUUGUCAUGUUUGUCGAGCGCUAUGGCGCGGCCGCACACGAGCUUCUCGCGAGCCGUGGCUGGGCUCCGAAGCUGCUCUACUAUGGACCUGUCUGGCCUGGUGCGGAUGGCCUGCCGGAUCCUGACUGCCAUCCUCGCAGGAUGGUAGUGAUGGAGUAUGUCCAAGGGAGGUCGAAGCCCUACAUCCCUGACGGAGCGCGUGAAGUAGUCCGCCAGGCAAUAGCACUGCUUCACGAGCACGACAUGGUCCAUGGCGAUAUCCGGCCACCAAACAUUCUCAUCGAGGGCGACGGAGAUGAUGGCUGGGGAUUGCGCACCAAAAUCAUAGAUUUCGACUGGGCAGGCGAGGCAGGCAAGGUGCAUUAUCCACUCAACCUGUCGAAGGGGAUCCGUUGGCCACCCAACGUCGUCGACUAUGGUCUCAUUGAUGCAGCCCACGAUGAUGAGAUGGUGACCCAGCUGUGA